CGGGCCUCCUUCCUCAGAAGGAGAAGAAGAAACCCAAGAGUUCUUAUCUCGAUCCCUUUCUCUCUCCAGGCAGAGGGAAGGAGGAGGAGGAGCCUCCUCAACCAUGUCGAACUUGUACGACGCCCAGCACUCGGAAAGCCGGAACCAUGACCGCAAGGAGCGUCGGAUGAAGCUCGUGCUCGCCGGUGCCUCCGCCUCCCUGCUGCUUCUUCUCGUGGUGGGCGCCGUCGCCACCAGCAACUACGAAGACAGCGGCAACUCCAACCUCAACACCCGGGCGAUGCACUCAUCGUCCAAGUCGGUGAAGAUGAUCUGCUCCUCCACCGACUACCAGCGGGCAUGCGAGUCAAGCAUGUCGAAGGUCGUCACCUCCGACACCUCCGACCCCAAGGUGCUGCUAAAGGCGGCUGUCACCGUGGUGCUCGACGAGGUAAGCAAGGCCUUCGCGCACUCCAAGCUGCUCAAGAGCAACGACAGCCGGGUGCGCGGGGCGGUGGAGGACUGCCAGCAGCUGUAUGAAAACUCCAAGGCGGAGAUCAACGCCACGCUGCAGAGCAUCGUGGCCAGCGGCAUCGACCACCUACCGAGCCGGUCGCACGACAUGCGCACAUGGCUCAGCGCGGUGAUGACGUACCAGCAGACGUGCAUCGACGGCUUUCCCGAGGGGGAGGUGAAGACGAAGAUGCACGAGGCGAUGAAGAGCAGCAAGGAGCUGACGAGCAACGCGCUCGCCAUGAUCGGUCAGGCGUCCAGUUUCCUGUCGCUAAUCAACCUCCCCGGGUCGAACCGCCGCCUCCUGUCGGCAUCGGAGGAGCAUGAGGCGGUGACGUCGGGCCUGAAGAAGAACGGCUACCCCUCGUGGGUCGGGGAAGACGACCGGCGGAUGCUCAAGGAACACUUAAGGGUCAAGCUCACGCCGAACGUGACGGUGGCCAAGGAUGGGAGUGGGAAGUACAAGACCAUUUCCGAGGCCCUCGCUGCAAUGCCCAAAAAACACAAAGGCAGGUACGUGAUCUAUAUCAAAGCAGGGGUCUACGAGGAAACUGUGAAUGUGACGAAGAAGAUGGCCAACGUGACGAUGUAUGGCGAUGGCUCCACCAGGACGAUCGUCACGGGAAGCAGGAAUUAUAUUGAUGGGACGAGGACUUUUCAGACCGCAACAUUUGUGGCGAUGGGCGACAGGUUCGUGGCCAUGGCGAUGGGGUUCCGCAACACGGCCGGCGCAGCGAAGCACCAGGCGGUGGCGCUGCGGGUGGUGUCGGACCGAUCCGUGUUCGUCAACUGCCGGAUGGAGGCGUACCAGGACACCCUCUACGCCCACACCAACCGGCAAUUCUACCGUGGCUGCGUCAUCGCCGGCACCGUCGAUUUCAUCUUCGGGGACGCCUCCGCCGUCUUCCAGAACUGCCUCCUCGUCGUCCGCCGCCCCCUCCCCAACCAGCAGAACAUCAUCACCGCCCAGGGCCGGCUCAACCGCCGCGAGACCACCGGGUUCGUCCUCCACCAGUGCCGCAUCAAGGCCGACAACCGUCUCAAUGACGCCUCCCUCCCUCCCAUCCGGAGCUACCUGGCCCGGCCGUGGAAGGAGUUCUCCAGGACCAUCAUCAUGGAGUCGCAGAUCGACGGGUUCAUCCACGCCGAGGGCUACAUGCCGUGGGAAGGCGACUUCGCCCUCAGCACACUCUACUACGGCGAGUACAACAACGACGGCCCCGGCGCCAACGCCAGCGGCCGUGUGACGUGGCCUGGCGUCCAUGUGAUCAAGAAGGAGGAAGCCGAGAGGUACACCGUCGAGAACUUCAUACAAGGCUCGAGCUGGAUUCCGGCGACGGGGUCGCUGGUUCGCCUGGGCCUGCGCUCCUGAGCUCUCAAUCGUC